GCCGCCUUCGUUGGCCUUCUGAGGAAGAUUCCAUAAGCCCCUCUCUCUCUCUCUCUCUCUCUCACAAAUAUAUUAUUAUGUAUAUAGAUGUAUGUAUCUUUCCAAUUAGCAUAUGUUUUGGCUUGCUCUCUGAGUUCUUGUGCUCUGGAAGUGAAAGAUUAUCAAACGAAGAGCUUUCUAGCGCCUCUGAUUUCAUCUUAUUUCUUCAAAUUUUCAUUCAAAUGGAGAUAUUUCUAUGUGUACGUGUCUAUACAUAUAUAUAUAUAUAUACAUGUGUGUGUGAUUCUGUUGCAGAAGAGAAACGGAGGAGUCUGACGAGUGCAUGUGAUUUGGUCCCGUUCUCAGUAAUCGGAAAAUUUAUGUUGCCUAGCGUAUCGAUACAGCGCGAUCAACGAAGCGAUUCCUCCGUCCCGUAAAAGACAGGGAAAAAAGAAGUAAAUAUGUUUCCAUUGGUGAUCGGCGGCGUGUAUUGGAUAUAUAUGUUUUUCCUUGUCUUAACAACUAGUUUUUGGAAAUCGGGUAACGAUUAGCGAUUUUUUAGACAAAUUUAGAGGAAAUUAAGGAAAAUUGUUUGUGCGGCGAUGCACUGGUGAUGAAUAUUCCGCAAGGCUUUUUCUUCAUUUCUUCUUAAUUAGUUCUUAUGGUUGGAAAUUGGUCAAUGAUUGGACGAUUCCUUUUAGACAAUUAAGCAUAUGUCUGAAACACUACUGUGUCUGUUUAUUAAUUUUUCUUGUUUUCAUGUAUUUAUUCAUUGACUUUUCUGAUGACAAGGCCAGUGAUGGAAUUCAAACAGUAUUCGUACUGUAUGACUGAAUUAUGAUUACAACUACUGUAUCUGAGGCUUCUGUUUUUUUUUUUUUUUGGUUCAAUUCUUUUUCUUGCCUUUGUCAUUUUUGAACCUUUUCUUCAGCUGAAAAUAGGAACCCCCCCUAGAGUGAAUGACAUGAUUAUGCAUUUGAAUUGUCUAUCGCUCCUAUGAAGACUCCUUGGGAAAAUUCAUUAAUUUCGCUUAUGUCUCCCAACUACAAUGUUUAUCAUCUGCAUCAUGAUCUAGUUCGUUUGAUUAAUGGUGAAAAUUUUACGUUUGGAUAUGUAUGUAACCCACCUCCACCUGCAUUCAAUGAUUAUAUUCUUAGAUUAUUUUUGCUCGCCCAUUUGUUUGGUGAAUGUUUUUAACAAUUUAAUUUUCCUUUCGCACGUAUAUCUGUUCUUUUAUAUGUGAAGCAUAGUAAUUUUUAAGAAAAUUUGUUGGUUUAAAUAAAUUUUGAGGACGAGUUCACCUACAAGAUUUUGUUUAAUUGUUUGAUGAUUUAUAAAUUAUUAUUAUCAUCUAUAUUUGAUGACCCAAAAAUAAAACUUGGAAGUUUUUUGAAAAGGAUAAAUGUACUUGCGCAUGUAACGUAGAUAAGAGUUCAUCGUUAAUCAUGCCGUGUUUCUCUCGCGUUCUACCUCUAUCAUCUCCCGAUGACUUGAGCUUUAGACAUCAUAUCCGUUACAUGCGGCAGCAGCAGCAGCACCCCCACCGCCAAUUUCAGCAGUUUCUUCCAUCCCAGAGGCCCAAACUCCCGGACAAAUUGAUAUUCAAACUACACCAUUUCCAUUUGUCACACUUGGGCCACUGACACAUCAAAAGCAAGACCCGAAAACUUGGAAGAAUUUCCGUCUUCACAUGCACUACUCAAAAUGAUCAUCGUCAUCACGAUCAUAUAUAUAUGUAUUUAUUCAUGCUGCGGCAACGAAAGUGAGUAGUAGAGCACCAGAAAAACAGAGCUAGAGAUGACCCGAGCGAAGUCGGAUUCCGACGAGACGAGCCUGGCGCCGUCAUCGUCGCCCACCAUGUACUACCUAGUACAGACCCCCUCUCGAGACUCCGGCGACGGCGACAAGUCCACUCCUCCCUAUAGCAGCCCCGUGUACUCCCCCUCCCACCCCUCCACCUUGGCCUCGUCGGCCAGUCGGGUAUCCCGCUGCUCAAGGUUCGGCCGCAAGCGCCACGACCGGGCCUGGCCGGAGCCGGAAUUCCUUCCCAUUGAGGAGGACGAAGAAGAUUAUGGCGGCGACGGAGAGUUGACGAGGCCUUGUCGGUGUUUGGCUUGGCUGCUCGGCUUGCUGAUGUUGAACAUCGUCGUCUGCCUGAUCAUCUGGGGAGCCAGCAGGCAUUACCGACCCCUCAUUGCUGUCAAGAGCUUGACGGUGAGUAACUUCCACGUCGGCGAAGGAACGGACCAGACAGGGGUCCCCACCAAGCUGCUGACAGUGAACUGCUCCGUGAAGAUGAUCGUCUUCAACCCAGCAACUUUCUUUGGCAUCCAUGUCAGCUCUUCUCCCGUUCACCUUUUCUACUCGGAGAUUGCAGUUGCAACUGGGCAGUUGAAUAAAUAUUAUCAGCCGAAGAAUUGCCGGAGGCUGGCGUCUGUGAACGUGGAAGGGCGCCAGGUGCCGCUCUAUGGGGCUGGGGCGGCAUCAGACGGUAGCGUUCCAUGGAGGUUGGAAUUUGACGUCCGAUCAAGAGGGAAUGUUGUGGGAAAGUUGGUGAGGACAAAGCAUCGACAGCAUGUACGCUGUUCCUUGGCCAUCACCUCCUCCUCCUCCUCCUCCUCUGGGUCCGGUCACCCCAAAGCCAUCAAAUUCCAUGAGGAUUCUUGUACAUAUAUAUGACUAAGUGAAUUAGGAUAGCCAUUUGGCCUUUUUGCUUUCUGAUGGAACAAUGGUACAAAAUUCUGAAUCAAAUAUAAGUUUAGGGGCAAUACUUCAUGAACGAUGAUGUACAAAAAAAAAACCUUAUCUCAAUAUUGCUUCCAAUUCGAAAACUAAGAAGUAUUUAAUACAACGUGGUCAAUCACAUGUUUUCACGUACAAUACGUGGCAAUGGAAAACAUACUCAAAAUAACCAGCUACAUCGAGAGAGAGAAAGACAGAGAUCAAUAUACAAUUACAACACCUAGUGGGGGGGACUCAAGAAAUUGUGCCCUUUAAUGACAUGUCCUCUGUCCCUAACUGAUGAAUCAUGCAUUUUACAGGAGAACAGAAGGUGAAUAACGCGGGUUUUUUUCCCAAAAAAGAUAUAAAAAAAAUUAAAAACGAUCAGGCCAUGGAAAACAAGAGGAGGGAGAUGGCAUGAACAGGCUGAAAAAAAAAAAAAAAAACAAA